UUUCUUCAAGGGUUUUAUUCGAUCCGAUCCGAUCUCAUCGAUCUAAAACACUGCAAACAAUCAAUUUCAACCGGAGAAUUCGAGGUUCGUGCAAAAGAAAGAAGGUUUUAGGUCAGCGGCGAAGCCAGUCCGUAGCCGGCGCAAACUCACCCAAGAGAGAGAUCAUAGGAAAGGGCGAAAAUUCUGUGCUCAUUCGGUACCAAGUAGAUUGGAGGUGCUAUGGCAGACAUUGUAAACAAGUUUUUCAUCGCAUCCGUGUGCAUGCUUGCAGCUCCUUUUGCUGUUUUGUACGGAUUCAAGCAUAAACUAUUGCCAGGUUCUGCUGACUUAUCCGCUGAGGCGAGGACACUAUGGAGCGGAAUUGUGGCCGUCAUUUCUGUGAAUGUAGUCAUAGCAUUCUACAUCUAUAUGGCCCUGAAGGAGCCUUCAGGCAAACACGAACCGGAUCCCAAGUUUGUUGCCGAUGCAAAGGCCAGCAUGACGCAGGGCGGCCAUAGCUCAAACCGUUCAAAGCAAGAAUAACAAAGUCAAGUGUAGCUUUCCUUGUUUGCUCUUCUUCUUCCUUGUUUGAUUUCUGUUGAACAGCCUGGAAACGAGCACAAAUGUUCUUCGGUUUUCACUAUUCAGUGAUCAAUGUUUGGCUGUGGAGUUCACAGAUAUGUAAAAGUUAGCAAACACUUCAAGAAUCAAGAUAUGUUCUCUAAUAAA